GAGCCGCUCUGCGCCUCCACCUCCCAAACUGUCUGCGCGCAAACUUCCAGCCACACGUCCAGCAUGAGCGGAGACGAGCGCCAUGGAUGCGCCACAUGAGCCGGACCGGAGCAACUGAGGCCACCGCGCAGAAGUUUGUCCGCAGAAAUCCACUGUGACACUGACUGAGCAAACACACUUUACGCGUGUUUUCUCUCCGUUUCCAACACUUUUUACGCGUCGCCUGCCUCUUGGGAUUGCUUGGAUUCGGCGUUGUGUCUUUUUUUAUGUCCAUCCAGGGAGACGUGUAGUUUUUUUUGUUGUUGUCGGGGUGGUCCGCUGUAAAGGAAGGUGACAUGCAGGUCCUCGGUUGGACCAUAGUUCUCCUCUGCCAGUGGAUCCCACGGAAGGUCCAAGGGUUGGAGAAGCAAGUGGACUUCUCAGACAAGGGCCCAGUGGGGUCUGUGAUGAAGACUGUUCCAUAUGGCAUGGGUGGAGGUGCAGUUGGAGGAACGACAGGAGGGGUGGUUAAGCCUCCGUACCAAACCCGUGUCUUCUCCACUUCCAUCGACCAGACACCCAUGAAAUCCAAGCCCCCCACUUACGGCUUCUUCAACCCGUACGACCAGAACCGGAACCAGUCCCUGCUCCUCGACCAGACAGGCUACCGCUCCAAACGCAAGCCCUCGCUAAAGAUAUCCAAGACCAAGAAGAUCUUCGGCUGGGGCGACUUCUACUUCAACGUGAAGACCAUGAAGUUCAGCUUGUUGGUGACGGGGAAGAUCGUGGACCACAUCAACGGGACCUUCACCGUCUACUUCCGCCACAACUCUUCCAGCCUGGGGAACGUUUCGGUCAGUAUCGUGCCGCCAUCCAAAGUGGUGGAGUUCGAGGUCCUCCAGCCUCAGCAGCUGCAUCCUCACACCCAGCUUAACGUCCAGCUCCAGGAGACCCGGCAGUCCACCGUCGACCCCAAAGAGACAAAGACCUUUAACUGUCGGGUGGAGUACGAGAAAACCAACAGAUCCAAGAAGCCCAAACCCUGCCUGUACGACCCGUCUCAGACCUGUUACACAGAGCACACCCAAUCCCACGCUGCCUGGCUCUGUGCCAAACCCUUCAAGGUCAUCUGCAUUUUCAUCUCCUUCUUCAGCAUCGACUACAAGCUGGUUCAGAAAGUGUGUCCGGACUACAACUUCCAAAGUGAGCACCCUUACUUAGGAUAAGUACGUGAGACUGAACUGAGAGGAGCAUAAAGAGACAAUGUUAAUGUCAAAGAUGAUGAUAAGAAUGAUUAUGAUGGAUAUGAUAGUCAUAUUGAUUACAGUGAAGAUGCAGGGGACAGUUUUUUUGCCUCUGAACUGCCGUGACUUGUGGAUUUAAAAGACGUAUAAUCAGAGCUAUGGAUGGUUAGGAUAUGGAUGAUUUCUCUGAAUUAUUUUCCAACUGUAUUUGUUAACUUCUGUUUUUAUUCGUUUUUUUUCCCUCCCUGUAAAUAAUGUACUCAAACUCAGCACACUUAUUGUUUUUAGAUAUUUGUUUCUAGGUGUUAUUACUUUUUGCAGUUGGAGAACUUCGGGUUGAAAACAGCUGGAAUCAGUAUUAUGCCCUCGGAGUACAGAGUGAGCCUCUGAGGCGGCUGUGUUGUGCCGUCACCGUAUGGCAGGCGUUACGUUAUGGUAGACUGACUGUUAAUCAUCCUCUCAGCUCUAUGUUUCAAAACCUGGAUAUAAGAGAGUUAUAUGUAUGAGAAAUGCUAUGCUGGAUAUGCAUACAAUAUACUGUAUGA